UCCUGUACGGCGUAGCCCGAGCACGAGAGUUUACCGUUAAUUGCAGUUAUAGUAAACGUUUCAAGCGAAUGCUGCAUUGUCGUAUGCGUUGCCGCCAGUGUUGCAAAACGUUGCAUGCUUUAAUUGUAGUGUGCGCUGUGUGAGCAAACUUACAAACUAAACAAGCGUAAGCUAGUAGUUGCUGCCUCUAUGUUGAAUUAGAGACAUGGUCGAGUCGCCAGUGAAUGAAGUUGUUAUGGAUCAUCGUGUAUUGAAUGAUUGGUCAAAUGUGAAUAAUACGAAUGGCACAAUGCACUGGUCCAAGGAUAUGGUAUUCAAUGACGGCCAUCGCCUGUCAAUUACAGUCUAUAGCAUACUGUUCGUGAUCUCAACAAUUGGCAACAGCACAGUGCUGUAUAUGCUGACCAAGCGGCGACUGCGGGGUCCCUUGCGUAUUGACAUCAUGCUAAUGCAUUUGGCCAUUGCCGAUCUAAUGGUGACGUUUCUGUUGAUGCCGCUGGAGAUUGUGUGGGCUUGGACGGUGCAGUGGCGCUCCACGGAUCUGAUGUGCCGUCUCAUGAGUUUCUUUCGUGUGUUCGGCCUGUACUUGUCCAGCUUUGUAAUGGUGUGUAUAUCGCUAGACAGAUAUUAUGCCAUAUUGAAACCGCUGCAGCGUUCCUACAAUCGCGGACGCAUCAUGCUCGUCUGCGCCUGGCUGGGCUCCGUCAUCUGCAGCAUACCACAAGCCUUUCUCUUCCAUGUGGAGGAGCAUCCGAUGGUUAAAGGCUACUUGCAAUGCGUCACCUUUCAUUCGUUUGUAAGCGAAUUUCACAACUGGUUAUAUCAAAUCGCCACCAUGUGCGCCAUGUACGCAUUUCCUUUGAUCGUUUUCAUUUACUGCUACGGCGCCAUCUAUCUGGAGAUCUAUCGCAAGAGCCAGCGUGUGCUGAAGGAUGUCGUCGCCGAGCGCUUUCGUCGCUCCAACGAUGACGUGUUGAGUCGCGCCAAGAAGCGCACGCUCAAGAUGACCAUCUCCAUAGUGAUUGUCUUCAUCAUUUGCUGGACGCCUUACUACAUCAUCUGCAUGUGGUACUCGCUGGACAAGUCUUCGGUGGAUAAGGUUAAUUCGCUGGUGCGCAAGGGACUCUUCAUAUUCGCAUGCGCCAACUCCUGCAUGAAUCCGCUGGUCUAUGGACUCUACAACAUACGCGGCCGCAUGAACAACAACAACAAUGUGUCGGUCAACAAUCGUCACACCUCGCUAUCGCAUCGCCUGGACUCGUCCAAUCAGCUGCUGCAAAAGCCACUCAAUGGAAAUGGCAAUGUGAUGGCGGCUGCUGUGGCGGCCACCACAAAGCUGGCGCAUGUGGUGCGCUUGAAGACAAAUGGCGCUGCCGCCGCUGACGCGCAGUCUGCUCCGCAGUCUGGCACAGCACCGCACGCCUCCGAGCUGGAUCAUGAUGACGAUGACAGCAUCAGCGUUGUCACAGUCAAGUGCCAGGAGCCCAUCAGCUGCCAAAAUUGUGUCGACGACUCAAUGGAGGCGACUAAAGUGGAUAUCGAUAAGACAUAAAGUGCUAGAGCCUAAACCUUACCCUUCAACGCCCAAUGACAACAACAUUAGCAACAAUUUAAUUAAGAGCUGCUACCGUUUUUUCUAAAAGGCGGUAAAAAAACAAAAGCCUAUUUGGAAUUUGCUCGCCAGCUUUAGCUCUAUUUUUUUUGCAUUUAAGUUACAAAUUAAAAUGUUAACGUUGACAAAUAUUGAUCUAGGCCUAAAAGCGAUCAUAAACUACGCUUAAGACGUAAUAGCGUUUAUUGUAUAAGAAUUAAGAUACUCUAGUUAGUUGGCUUAUGGCUUAAUUUAAAUUAAUUUAUUCAUAAAACCGAAUAACCGAAUGUAAAAUUAUAGAAAAAUAG